CACUUGAGCCCAGGGUCUUUCAGAAACAACCUCUCUACCUCCACGAGGUAGGAAUAAGGUGUGCGUAAACUCUACCCUCUCUAGACCCCACUUUGUGGGAUUUCAUUGGGUAUGUUGUUGUUGUUGUUUACCUGGAAAUUGCAGCUGUAAACGAGGUCAUUAGCAGUUUGGCAGAGACGGGGGAUGUCAAAGACCAAAUAGAUGGAGCAGAAAAUUCAAUGCCAUCUUCCAAACAGGAAGAGGAAGUUGUUAAAAUGAAAUAUGGAGGAAUCAUGCCAAAGAAACCACCUCUAAUCUCUAAGGAUCAUGAGCAUGCUUAUUUUGAUUCUGCUGAUUGGGCUCUUGGAAAGCAAGGUGUAGAGAAGCCUAAAGGUCCACUUGAGGCACUUCGGCCAAAGUUGCAGCCAGCACAACAACAAACUCGAUACGGCAAGUCUCCUUGUGCUCCAUCAGAGGGUGAAGAUGGAAGUAAUCUCCCAUCUGAGGAUGCUACUGCUACUGCAAAUGAAUGAGCAGGUGACCUCGAGCUUGUGAUGUUCUUGUUAUAUACAUGUAUGUAUGAACAAUUUCUGUUCAGGAUUAAGAAAACAAUAGUAAUAAUAUAGAGGUGUUUUCAUCUUUA